UGAUUACAGACGACUGAAAGUGCAAGAACACGUGGAGUCGCGGACCGAACAUCAAAAGUGGUCUCAUCCAAACCACACAAUUAUCGAGUGUUAACAAACCUGUAAUAAAGUAAACGUCAUAAAUUUCUUGCAAUGGCGGCUUUAAAAAGAAGCUUGUUAAAUGACGAAGGCCAGAUUCAAGUGAGAUUUGUAACGAAACAGGAGAAAUAUGCUCUCCCAGAAGCUCCAUUUUCAAUUCCUUCUGGAAUAAAAGCAGACUCACUAAGUGUUUUAGUCAACAAUUUGCUAAGAGAAACACACGAAUCAGGAUGGGAUGAGGUAGAUUUUGAUUUUCUAGUAUGCGGAGAAUUUGUAAGGCUUCCACUUAUUGAACAUCUAAAACUGAAAGACAUUAAUACUGAAGUCACAGUUGAAGUAGAAUACCUUGAAAGAUUCCCUGCUCCAGAACCUGAAGAUAGUUUAAAUCAUGAUGACUGGGUAUCUGCUUCCCACUGUUUUAAAGACUGGAUCCUUACAGGGUGUUAUGAUAAUACCUUGCAUAUAUGGAAGACUGAUGGUACUCAUAAGUCAACUAUUCCAGGGCACUGUGGCCCCAUCAAGGGAGUACGAUGGAUUGAAGUGACUGGCUCAACUGCUACUUUUGCAAGUGUUUCUCAUGAUCAAACAGUUAUGCUGUGGAAAAUGAACCUUGAAACUUAUGCAAUUGAAUGUGUGCAUAUUGGAAGAGGACAUGAGCGCUCCAUUGAAUGUGUAGAUGUUGAUAAGAAUUCAUCCUUCCUUGCUACUGGUGGUUGGGACAAUAUGCUUAAAAUUUGGUCUGCCACAUCUGAUUCAAAUUCAACAAAUGAAAUUGAUGAUGGUGAAAAGGAAAAAGGAUGCUCUAUUGGUUCUGGAAAAUCACUCAGACGUACACCAUUGAUGACUUUGCCUGGCCACAAGGAAGCUAUAUCUUCUGUUGUUUGGACUGAAAACAAUGAAAUCUUUAGUUCUUCCUGGGAUCACACCAUCAAAUUGUGGGAUGCUGAAUUGGGAGGAUUAAAAUCCGAAAUUGUUGGAAACAAAUCCUUCUUCUGCAUUUCUCGUUCUCCAUUAAACCAAACUCUUAUCACUGCUUCAGCUGAUCGUCAUAUACGUUUGUAUGAUGCCCGAUCUCAAGAGGGGUCAAUUGUGAAAGCCACAUUCACUUCACACGUUGGGUGGGUAUCAACGGUUUGUUGGUCUACGACACAUGAAAGAUUAUUCGUAUCCGGUGGCCAUGAUAACAUUUUAAAGUUGUGGGAUAGUAGGAGUCCCAAGGCUCCGUUAUACGACAUGACGGGACAUGAAGGCAAGAUCCUGUGCGCUGACUGGUCAAAUCCUUCGAUAAUAAUAAGUGGUGCAACGGAUAAUACGUUAAAGAUCUUUAAAUCUGAAGUAUAAAUUAAAAUUGCCACCAAGUUGAGAUAAACAAAUUUUUGGAAACUGGAA